AACUCUGAGGACCGCCAGUUACUCGAUCUCCAGACUCACAGUGGCAACCCUAAUGAUGUUGCUCACAAGAAGCCAGGAAUACGAGAGUGCUUAAAGGAUCUUGUUCAUGAUGUAAUGAAACGAGAACCUAACCACAUCUGA